AUGCCGUCGUCCGAAUCUAUCGUUGCCUCCACGAGGCAAAGUCUAAGCAGCUUUUCCACAGUAUCGCAGGAAGUAGAAUCGUCGCCUUCGACGACACGUGUAUCCAUCAAUAAUAUCACCUUUCGAAACCCACAAGAGAAGCCGUUCAAGAACCGCGCGGCAAGCUUGACGGCCAAAUCCAAGCCACAAGGACUAGAACCCACGUCAGACAAAUGGUCCUAA